AUGGCCGCGCCGCUGCCGCCCGCCGGCCUCCGCUGGUCCCUGCCUGGCGCCGCCGACCACGCCCGCCGCUCCGGCGCGCUGCGCCGACCCGACGCCGGCGCGGCGUUCGCGGGCGCGCUCCACGCAUACCUGCUGCGCAGCGCGCCGCUGUCGCUGCGCGCGCGCAGCGGCGCGCCGCAGGCCGCGGCGGAUCGAGCGCAGCUGGACAGCUUGCUGCGUGAGCUGUUGGAACACGCCGCCGCCGCCGCGUUGGUGCUGGGGCCGCCGGAUGACGGAGACAGUGACAGGCGCGCGCCGCCGCCGCUGGCCGCGGCGUACGCGCGGCCGAUCUUCCCGCCGCUGGACGGCGGGGGCGGGGGCGGCGGGGCGGAAGACGAGGAGGCAUGGGAGGGGCGCGGGGCCAUGGCCUGCUCCGUGGAGCACUGGUGA